GGUAUUUUAUGUUUACACUCAAAGCAAACGUGUUGAUAAUUUGCUUUUAGUUUAUGCCUGUUACUCAAGGUUUGCGAGGAGAAAAGCUGAAAUUACUUUGUUUACCAAUAAAUUAGGCCGAAAAACAUCAAAAUGGGAAAGAAACAGUGUAAGGUGAAUUCGAAGCAGAGAAAAGCCCAAUUGAAUCGAAUGAUAAAGCCGACAGAUUCUCGACUCAAAGCAAAAGACCGUGCACCACCAAAGAAGAAGCCACUCGAUCCCCAAGAGCUCAAAAUAACCGAAGCGCCACAACAAUCAUCGGCACUAUUCUUCCAGUAUAACACGCAAUUAGGUCCACCUUAUCACAUUUUGGUCGAUACCAAUUUCGUGCACUAUAGCAUCAAAAACAAAUUGGAUAUUAUUAAAAAUAUGAUGGACUGUUUGUAUGCCAAAUGUAUCCCAUAUAUAACGGAUUGUGUGAUGGCUGAAUUGGAAAAAAUGGGCCAAAAGUAUAAAAUGGCAUUGAAAAUUGUGAAAGAUCCACGAUUUCAGCGAAUAACUUGUAUGCACAAAGGUACAUAUGCUGAUGACUGUCUGGUGAAUCGUAUUACUCAACACAAAUGCUAUAUUGUUGCAACCAAUGACAGAGAUUUGAAGAAUCGCAUUCGAAAAAUUCCAGGUGUUCCGGUCAUGUACGUGUCACAGCACAAAUACACAAUCGAACGUAUGCCAGACGCAUAUGGAGCGCCGAAAAACUAAGACAUCUUUUUAUCAUCAAAUCGAAAUCGAUUUACUUUAUUCAAUUCGUCAUCUCUUUUUGUUAU